GACUCAACUCUUGCGUUCCACCAUGGGCAAGACAACAAAGAAAUCGGCGAGAAAGUUUGCAUCCAGCGGAAAACUAAAGCAGACGAUAGAGGGUAGACGGAAGCACCAGCAGGCCAAGAAAAAGAUCCAGGGCAGACGAGGUGCUAAAGGAAAAGGGAAAGGCAAGGAACGAGAAACUGCAGUCGACAAUAUGCUGCUAGAGAUCAAGGAACCUAGCAAAAAGGCCAAGGCCAAUCCAAAGUGCGUGUGCUCUCGGUAUCGAUGUAAUUAUUCGCUGCCAACCUUGAACAGAGUAAAGUCGGUUGAUGACUUUCUCGGAGCCAAAUUCAUGGAAGACGACGACGAUUCAGAAGGUGAGGAGGACGAGGAGCAGCCAGAUUCUGAUGAGGUCGAAGACGAAGAAAGCAUCGCAGACGACCAAUCGUUUGCUUCCAUUGAUGAUUUGGAAGAUGAAGGCACAACACACAUCGCAGAAUUAUCCAAGCUAGCCGAGAAGGAUCCAGAGUUUUACAAGUACUUGCAAGAGAAUGACAAAGAGUUGUUGGAGUUCAACCCAAAUCAGUCAGACGAGGACGAGGACGAUGACGACGAGCAAGUCGACCAGGAUGGAGACACGCAAAUGGAUGACGAAAGUUUACCGAUACUCACGAACGAAAUCUUGCAAAGAUGGAAAAAGGCGCUACUAGAGCAUCGGUCUUUGCGUGCACUGCGAAGGCUUCUCAUCGCGUUCCGGUCGGCUGCACAUAUGAACGAGGAAGACCAGGUCCUUGCGUGGAGUAUUGACAGCUCGACUAUGUAUAGGAAGUUAAUCACUACGACCCUUCGUUUCACUCCUAUCGUUCUGGAACACCAUCUCCCAUACAAAAUUCUCCCAAGUGGAAAAUUCAAACCACCCACCCAAUCUCCAAAGCAGAAGACCAUACAGAAGCUCGUUCUCUCAUACUUCAAUAAUAUCAUUCACCUCAUCCCGCAGUUGACCGAUAACGAGAUGAUACAGCUUUCUUUAACAGAGAGUGCCAAAAUAUUGCCGUACACCAUCACCAGCCGGAAGUCAGUCAAGGCAUACCUAAAGAGAUGCUUGGAGCUUUGGUCCACUGCUGAAGAUAGUGUACGCAUAGCCGCGUUCCUUGCCAUCAGGAAGCUGGCGUCCUCGCAUGACGACACGAUCCUGGACAUCGUACUGAAGAGCACUUACCUUGAGCUUGUACGCUCGUCAAAGUCAACUAGUGUCCACAAGCUACCCUCUAUCAACCUCAUGAAAAAUUCUGCAUCGGAAUUGUUCUGCAUGGACCACGCAGCUGCAUACCAACACGCCUUUGGAUAUAUUCGACAGCUCGCCAUACACCUCCGAAACAGCAUGAAGACGAAGACGAAGGACGCAUAUAAACUGGUCUACAACUGGCAAUAUGUACAUUCCGUAGAUUUUUGGUCACUUGUGUUAGGGAGGGCAUGCAGCUUGGAAACGCAGAUCGAGCGGGGACAGGAAAGCGAGCUCAAACCCCUGAUAUAUCCUCUGGUGCAAGUGAGCUUGGGGGCUAUCAAGCUCGUAUCAAAUGCACGUUCGUUCCCGUUGCAUUUGCAUAUCAUUCGAUCCAUGCUCCAUUUAUCACGACACACCAAGACCUUCAUCCCUCUCCCUUCAUACAUAGUACCGAUAAUCACUUCUGCAUUGGCCUUCAAAAAACCGAAACCAUCGACACUUCGCCCUUUGGAUUUCGAUUCGAACAUCCGUGUGCCUUCACAGUAUCUUAAGACUCGUGUGUACAUCGAUGGCCUGGUAGAGGAGGGGACUUUCGUUCUCGCCGAGUGGUUAGCGAGUCCGCCCAUUCAAGGGAGCAUUGCAUUCCCAGAGAUUGCUUGUUCCCGUUGUUGUCACGCUGCGCAAGGGCCCUUAAGAGUAAAGGGGAUGGUUGAGCGCACCGAGGAGAGCGCAAAGUGGAUAGAACAGAAACGGAAAGGCGUUGGGUUUGCACCAGGGGAGAUGGCCGAGGUGGAGAGAUGGGAAUCGGCACUCAAGGUCAAUGAGUCGCCCUUAGCCAAGUACGUGAAGGUCCAACAGAAGGCAAGGGCGAAAAGGAAAACUUUGAUUGACAAGGUACGUUACAUGCCCUUACCCGACCUGGACCUCCCGUGUAUAACAAACGUGUUACGCUCGGUUCGCAGGCGGCCAAAGGCGAAGAUGAGAUCCUGGACGAUUAGAUGCCCGUUCGGAGUACCACGCAGCGGAGGCACUACUUGAUAGUUAAGUUAGUUUCUCCGUGAUGUGGGCCUGUGGCAGAGCGUUUGCUGUAACUCGGGAGGGAGUCUAACUGGAAUAAGC